AUGGCUGGGGACGGCCAAGGCGAAGAUGCGUUCAUGUGCCGAAUGGACCAGCUGACGCAGAAGUUGAGCAAGUGGAAGACGACGCGUUCGACAACACCGCUUAGGAAUGAUAGCAGCACGGCUUUGGCUUUGGAGGAGCAGUGUGGGACUGCCAGAAAGGAUGGCUCCCCUAGACGGCACUUCAAGCCAUCGCCGAGCUCUCAGGUGCAACCGAGCUCAGGGAGAUCCCGUGGCUCACAUUCUCCAAGCAGGCGUGGCUCCAUCAGCAUCCUCUCCACAUACGACCGAGUACACAAGGUCGCCAAUGCUGCAAGUGCUGUCCGGUGGCUGUCCAAAGCAUCCAAGGGUGAAGAGGGUGAGGCCAAGAAGGCCUCUGCCUCUGCCGUCAAGCGCUUGCAGGGCAGGUCGCAGUCUGCGACCUUCCGUCCCAUCUUCGCAGAAACGGCAGGAGAGGAUGCAGAAGCGAAGCGCUUCGACCAAUCUCUUUCCCCUUCCGUCAGCCCUGCGUCAAGGCUAUCCAAUCGCUCCACGGUCGACAAGUCAGAGAGCAACCCCUUCCAUAUCGAGAGAAGAUGCGAGAACGCAGGGGACAGAGCCUUGUCUCCCUCACGGAAUCCUCAGCCAUCCACAGCAUUCAAUACUCGCAUGGAAGCGCUGCAGCACAGGGUCUGGCAAGCAUCGCCUGCGGUGCCAUCCGACCGUCAUAAUCCUUUGCUGAGCGAGCUAGAUUCCAAGAACAAGUACGAGGCCUCGCCAUUUCAAGCUGCAGUGGCCGACCAUGGCGGCAUUUCGCCACAGCCAAGACAAUGGCAAACCCUUGCUCGAGCAUCUCCGGGAACAGCACAUUCGGACGAGACGUUGGCCAGCCGAGUAGGCCAGUUGGAGGAGUCCCUUGGGCGAAUCGAGAUGAUGUUGCAGCAAGUUCUUGAGAGUAUGGCCGUGGCAAAUGCUCAAAGUGCUCCGGCCAGCACCAUGGAACAUGCAAGAGGUGAGGGCACGGCCACAGCCCGCUCUUGGACGGGGCAGGGGCAGGCUAGGCAGUCUUCGGCGAUUCCCCGCAUGCCCUCGCGAACGCCUUCCAAGACUCUUGCAGCCGACUCGGUGCCCAUGCCGGCCGAAGCAAAGCUCGAUCGAAAGCAGUGUCUCCGACCAGCAGUGGCAACGCCUGAUGCCCCAGCAGGGGCAUCGACUCUGAGAGAUGCAGGAGCCGAAGAGGCUUCGAUGGUGGAUGGUGAGGAUUCUCGCAAGGCCUCCAGGUCCAGCCCAGCCACUUCCUCAACUCGCAGCGGUUUCUUCAAGUGGCCUUUGGACAUUGCCGGAGUUCGUGAAGAGCUCGGUCUCCCCAAGAAGAGGCGUCAACAGGCAUGA